AUACGAAAAAAUCACGUAUUUUAUUUGAGGUUAUGUCAGUUAAAUACGUCAGAUGUCAAUAUAACCACUAAAUAAGGUUAUGUGGGUUUGUGUUGUAUUUUGUAUUAACCCACCCCAGCAACUUAAGUAAGGUUAUGUUCUAUGUAUCGAUUAGUAUCGAAUUCAUUUAAUAAUGACUUCUAAAAGUGAAAAACUUAAUUCUACUUGCAAUAUUGGCAAUGACAAUGAUAGUCGCGCUCGUCAUCGCGCUUGUGGCAGGCCACGAAAAAAUGAGUAUGUUAGCUUGGCAUUUGAAUACAUUCAAUCCGGAAGUAAAUACAAUGCAAAAUGUAACGUGUGUAACAAAUUAUUAAAAAACACAGCUAUUAGUAGAUUGAAAUUGCACAGGUAAGCAUAUUUGCAUAUACGUACAAACCAACCACUUUAGUAAAAUCGAUAACUAAUAACUAGUAUCUUUUUAUCUAUCUAGAAAGUCAUGCAAAAUUAUAAAAACAAACUUAUCACCAUCUGUUGAAUCCAGUUCAAUGUCAAUUUGUUUGGAAUCAGAUUCUGAGAUUCAGAAAUUUAAUAAUAAUAACUCCAUUGAUAAUGAUAAUAUGAAUAUUAGCCAAAUCGAUAGUGGUCAAGCAAAACAGGAUGAUGUCGACUAUGACGACAAUAUCAACGUACAAGAAUUGGUAAGCAGUAAUCAUCUAAUUAGUUGUUUUACAACUUGUAGUUUUAUAUUGUUUCUUAAAUAUUCAGGCUGCCUCUGAAGAAGCUAAUAAUACGAUUGAUGUUUACGUUCAACUUCAACAGCCGUUACCAUGGAUUCUCUACCAAGUGCAAGUAGACCUUCAAGUUCAACAACUACGUCUAAAACCGCCAAAUCAAAGAAAAAAGCGUCAAAACUGGAUAACUAUAUAGACACCAUUUCUGUUAAAGAAGAAGACAGCAUUACACAAGCAAUAGCAGAAUUUUUUUUUGCCUGCAACAUUCCAAAAUUGCGUCCUGCCUAUGCAAAAAGAAAACCUGGUAGAAAAACUUUAUCGAGUACUCUAUUGGAUUCUGUAUGCAAUAACUUAAUCACCGAAACUAAAUUUGGAAUAGAUCAAGAAACUGUAGUUCUUAUUGAUGGAUGGAAAAACACCUCAAGUAACUCAAAAAUUAUUACAUGUACACUUCAGACAGUUGGAGGUCAAAGAGCAUUCCUCAAUGCUAGGGAUUUAACUGGUGAAGCAGAAACUGCCCAAAAACUGGUUCACAUAAUAAAUGAAGCAAUAGAUUUGGCUAAACGUACAUACCAUUCCCAAAUAUAUGCAAUUAUAUCUGACAAUGCAAGUGCAAUGGUACGAAUGGGGAAAGAUAUGAAUCAUUGUCUCUGGCAUUCAACGUGCAAUAGCCACACCGCCAACCUUCUAGCCAAAGAUGUACAGGAUAAAGAAUGCACCAAUUCUGUUACAACUGUUUUAAAGGAAUUUAAACAAGCGGACAAUGAAAGGGCUAUAACAGAAAAAGGUGGUACCAAAAUUAAACUUCCAUGUGAAACACGAUGGUGUAGCUAUCAAAAAUCAUACAAAUGUCUGUUAGAUAAUUUAAGAAUAAUGAGGGUUAUUGCAGCUGAAACUGAUUCAACUUGUAAAAGAAUUAAAUCAAAAGUAGUAUCAUUACUUUUCGAUGAAGAUUUCAUCGAUAAAGUAAGAAAUCAAUUAUCUUUAUAUGAGCCUAUUUGCCAGCUAAUAAAUAAUUGUCAGUCCCAAGACGCAUCAAUAGCAGAUGCCGUGCACUUUUGGCUUGAAUUAACUUUGCCCGAUAAUUUCAAAGAUAAAUAUUCUGCGGCUUUGGCUGCCAGAAAGAAAAUGGCAUUAAAUGUAUAUGCAUUAACUGCAUAUUAUUUGCAUCCUGUAUAUGAAAACAAAAAACUCAAUUCAGAGCAUCUUAGAGAAAUACAUGCCUUUUUGUUUAAAAUACUUAGCGCCCAAGGUUGCGAAGAAUGGGAUAACUACGAACGCAAUGUUGGGAUUUUUCCACAAAUCAAAGAGAAGAAUAUAACAAAACCUUUAUUAUUUUGGAGAAUGGCAGAAAUGGAAAACAAGGAGUUACCACAAGUUGCAUUAAAAUUAUUAAAAAUGCCAGCGUCUUCGGGCGAAAUCGAAAGGGUUUUUUCAAAUUGGGGAUAUAUCCAUUCUUCAAUUAGAAAUCGUCUUGGAUUUGAAAAAUCCAAAAAACUAGUAUAUAUUUACUACACCUUAAAAAUUAAAGAUAAUUGUCAAAAUUAUGACUGGGAUGAAAGUGAAGUUGAGACUACGCUUGAGGGUGAAGAUUGAAUAAGUCAAUAUUAUAUUUUUUAAUAAAUGCAUUUGGUUAACGUUGACAAUAAAUAAUAUUUGACUUGCGA